AGAAGAAGCUGGAGCUGUGGCGCAGGCUCGGCGGCGGCGACCUGGAGCCGGUCCUCGCGAGCGGCGCCGUCGCCCUCCUUGACGCGCACUGGAUCAUCGUCCACGCCGAGGCGGGCGGCGUCCUCACCCAUCGCCAGGCGCUGCCCAAAGAGGCCUUUCUCUCCCUCGCCGACCUCGUCGAGGCGUUCGCCUACCUUGAGUAUUUCCCAUCGCCGCGCUCUCCUACCCAUGGCUGACCAAGGACCACCCCGACCCGAUCGGAGCCAACCUGUCCCGCGUCGCAAGGGCGCUCAAGGCUCUGCUCAGCGAUCCGUACAUAUCGCGGCUCGGCGUCUUUUGGGACUUCGGCUCGCUGCACCAGCACCCCGACCCGGCCAACGACGUCAUGCGCACCGAGGAGGAGAACGCGCUCUUCAAGCAGGGGCUGGGCUGCCUCGGCACGCUCUACUCCCACCCUAAAACGACCGUGCUGCGGCUGACCUCCUUCCCAGACGGCCACAAGGCGGAGGACCAGGCCGAGGGCACCAACGUGGCCAAGUACUUUGACCGCGGCUGGUGCUUCGGGCGAGCCUGACCAAGAACUGGACCCUCUCGCUCGACCUCGGCAAGAUGCGCGCCGGCGUGGAGUACGACUACGACAGCCUCCGAGACGACUGCGUCAAGAGCGGCGGCCGGCGCCCCCCGCUGCUGCCGUCUGCGUUCGCGGCGGAGCUGGAGAAGAAGAGCUUCACCAACGGCAAGGACGACAAGCCGCUGGUGAAGGGGCUGUACGAGGGCGCCUUCGAGGAGCAGUUUGGCAAGGCGACCGAGCUGUUCUACAUCGAACUCGGCUGGGGCGACGCGGAAGCGGCGCAGCUGGCGGAGGUCCUCGCGAGCGGGGCAGCGCCGCGGCUCGAGAAGCUGUAUCUCUUGCAGAACGAGAUUGGCGAUGAGGGCUGCAAGGCGCUGGCCGCCGCCCUCAAGGAGGGGGCAGCGCCGCGGCUCAACAAGAUUGGCGACGAGGGCUGCAAGGCGCUGGCCGCCGCCCUCAAGGAGGGGGCCGCCCCGAGCUUGAAGGCGC